CUGCAUCAGUCUUUUCCACUCGCCUCUCUUUCGAUCGGCUCCACUCCACUUCGCCCUCCCUUCGGGUCUUCCGCCGCAGCCGCCGUCGCCGAUCGCCGAUAUCUACCCAUGUCGGUUUGCUUCUCGCCUCCUUUACUCCCGGAAAUCCUGUUCCUCCGUCCGGAGGUAGCCAGCCGUCUCCCCCCUCUUCCUCCCGUCAGGUACCACCCGUUCCGGAAGCUCAGUUUCCGGUGCCCUAUCUUCCGAUUCGUGCCGCGGUCGGCUUCAGAAGAUAGAGUCGCCGUAGCCGACAUCCCCAGCGACCUGGAUCGGUACCUGGGAAACGGGAAUGGCCACGGAGGCGGGUUAGAGUACGCGGAGGUGGUUGACGGGAGACAGAAUUCCGGCGUAGAGGUAAUACUGAAUGGUAACGGCUCGAGCAAUGGGAGUUUGGUGAGUUACGGAACUGGGAACGGUGCAACCGAUGCAGAAGUGGAUGGGGGUUCUCAGGAAACGAAGAGGAAAAAGAGAGUUGAGGAGAUUGGAAAGGAGGAUGCUUGGUUCAAGAAGGGAGAGGAACAGCCACAGGUCUCUGUUUCUCCUGGGGGGCGCUGGAAUAGGUUUAAAACUUAUUCUACUAUACAACGAACUUUGGAGAUAUGGGGUUUUGUUUUUGCAUUUAUUUUCAAGUCUUGGCUCAACAACCAGAAGUUCUCUUAUCGAGGAGGAAUGACAGAGGGGAGAAAAGUUUUGAGGCGAAAAGCCCUUGCUAAGUGGCUAAAGGAGGGUAUUCUCAGAUUGGGUCCCACAUUCAUCAAAGUAGGGCAACAAUUUUCUACAAGGGUGGAUAUUCUUCCACAAGAAUAUGUUGAUCAACUAUCUGAACUUCAGGAUCAGGUCCCUCCAUUCCCUUCAGCAACUGCUAUCUCAAUUGUUGAAGAGGAACUUGGAGCUCCUUUGGAUGAUAUUUUUGACCAAUUUGAUUAUGAACCAAUAGCAGCUGCAAGCCUUGGUCAGGUGCAUCGUGCAAAAUUGAAGGGCCAAGAAGUUGUGAUUAAAGUACAAAGGCCAGGCCUCAAGGAUCUAUUUGAUAUUGAUCUAAAGAAUUUGAGGGUUAGUCCUUUUUCAAUUGUUCAAAUUUGUAUUUUAUUUCUUAUGCAAUUCUUUACUAAUUAUUUUAUUAAAUUAGUCCAUCUCAUCCUCUCUAAGAUCUCUGAAACUUAUGAAUCAAUUUUUAUGAUGUGUAACUGUAAAAUAUGCUAG